UAUAUCCAGCCUAUAUGGUUUAACAGGUCAGUCAGAGGCAAACAUCUUGAGGGAAUUAUGUGCUAGUGGAAUAUUUAUGGGCUAAUUGGUCCUUUUAAGUGAGCAAAGCGUGGGCUUUUAGGCGAAGGGCCCGGGCACUUGGGCGCACUAAGGGUGGUGUAUUUCCACGCGUUGCCCUUCUAGGACCAACCUUAUGAAUGAGACAGGCCUAGUCGGCCCCAUUAUUCAUUGGGCCUCCUAGAAUAAUGGGUUUUUUGGGCCCAUUCACUUCCUUAAGUAACGAGGGCUGGCUGUUGGGUUCUUUUCAUCAGGCGCUGGUCGUAUUUGGUAUCAACAGUAUACAAACUCCCUUGAUCCAGCAUAGACAUGUGCAAGUGAGAGGUGUAAAGCUUCAUGUAGCUGAAAUUGGAAGCGGUCCAAAAGUGGUGCUUUUCUUACAUGGGUUUCCGGAAAUAUGGUACACAUGGAGGCAUCAAAUGGUUGCUGUGGCAAACAAAGGCCACCGUGCCAUAGCCAUUGAUUUCAGGGGCUAUGGACUUUCUGAGCAGCCAGCGGAACCAGAAAAGGCAACCUUCAAAGACCUCAUUGACGAUGUUGUUGCCCUUUUGGAUUCUUUGAGCAUUGACAAGGCUGUCCUUGUUGGGAAGGAUUUUGGAGCUUUUCCUGCAUACGUAAUACCUGCUCUCCACCCACAGCGGGUAUCGGGCAUGAUAACAGUAGGUGUUCCUUUCAUGCAACCAGAUGCUUCUCCUGUCCAAUUUCAUCUCCUCCCAAAAGGAUUCUACAUGUCAAGGUUGAAGGAGCCAGGGCGGGCAGAAGCAGAUUUUGGCCGCUUUGAUGUGAAGACGGUGAUACGGAACAUCUACAUUCUCUUCUCCGGAAGUGAGCUCCAAGUGGCUGCUGAUGAUCAAGAAAUCAUGGACUUGGUUGACCCUGCAACUCCUCUACCACCAUGGUUCUCUGAGGAAGAUCUUGCCGCCUAUGCAUCUUUAUAUGAGAAAUCCGGACUCCAUUUUCCAUUGCAAAUUCCAUACAGAUCCAGACGUUCAUCCGAGGAUUUCCAUUUAACUGAUCCAAAAAUCUCAGCUCCAUCGCUGCUUAUCAUGGGUGAGAAGGACUACUUCUUAAAGUUUCCGGGGGUCGAGGACUACUUGCGCACUGGGGCAGUGAAGCAUUUUGUGCCUGAUUUGGACAUUAAUUUCAUUGCAGAAGGGACUCACUUUGUACAGGAACAAUUUCCGGAGCAAGUUAAUCAGCUAAUCACCAGCUUCCUGGACAAACAUGGCAUUUAAUGUAGAUGCUCAAUGUGCCUAAUAACAAUAUUUUCUAGGGCAGCAAAUAAUGCGACAUGCUGAAAAGGCUACGCCUUACAAGACAUAUAGGGGAAUAAAUAAACUCCUGCCGCCGUUCUUCUAUAUUGUUAUCUCCACCUGAUUUGCUUCUUAUUUGUAACCGUGGAUUGCCUGCCUGUAUUCAGUGCAUUGUUUAUGGUUCGACAUAUACAAUCCGGAUAAGGAUUAUCUACAUAACAUAUGAUCGACAUUGCUUAAGGUUUCA